UACACAAGCCGCCGUCAGGCGGCGCUAACGACCUGUUUUGGCUAUUUCUUUAUAACCAAUAUAUCGUUACUAUACAACGUCGAAAUGUUUUCUAUGUUCAAUUAAAUAUCGUCGAAUUUAGUGCAAUGGCUGAUGCCGUUGAUGUCGUUACGUUCUUUGGAUUUGAACGGUCGUUUUAAGUGAAACACAUAACUGAAGAAACUAUCAAAUUUGUAUAAGUUAUAUUUGUAAAUAUCAUGUAUUUUGAUAUUCGUCGACAAAUAAGAAAUGGAAAAAUAUUAUAUAUGUCAAUGAAAGGAUAUAAAAGUGAUCAAUUUGAUUUAACAAAUUGAAUAAAUCAUAAGUAUCACACAUUCAUGCAAUUAAUAUAUGAGAAAAGUCAAAUAUUUAUGUGUAGAUGACUAAAUAGGAAAUUAUAAUAUACUCCAAAUCAUUGUUAUAUAAGACAAAUAGUUGUUUAUAUUGUAUAUCAUAUGGAAUGUAACAAUCAAAAUACGUCAACAAUGAGUGAAAAUGAAUCUAUGUAUGGGACAACUUUAUCUCAAGAAUCUAUAAAAGUGAUCGCUGAAAGCAUAGGAGUAGGAAACUUCCCAGAUGAAGCAGCUAAGGAUCUUGCUGAAGAUGUCAGUUACAGACUUAAAGAAAUCAUACAAGAUGCUGCAAAGUUUAUGAGACAUGGCAAACGUCAACGUUUGACAACUCAUGAUAUAGAUCAUGCAUUAAAAAUUAAAAAUGUUGAACCAACGUAUGGAUUUUUUGCUAAAGAUCAUAUACCAUUUCGUUUUGCUUCUGGCGGUGGUCGUGAAUUGCAUUUUGUAGAAGAAAAAGAAAUAGAUCUCAAUGAAGUUGUUUCUAUGUCUGGUGGACAGGCAUGGCCCAAAUUACCUUUAGAAAUAACUUUGCGUGCACACUGGCUUUGUAUAGAUGGCGUACAACCAACAAUACCAGAAAAUCCACCUCCUGUAUCUAAAGAAGCUCAAAAAUUGGAAAGUGUUGACCCUACAAGCAAGUUAACUAAUAAGAAUCAAAAUAUAGGUGCUGGAAAACCAGGUGGUGGUGGCAAAAGUCAAAAAUUACGUAAUGUAGAAACUGUACAUGUUAAACAAUUGGCGACUCAUGAGUUAAGUGUAGAGCAACAACUAUAUUAUAAGGAAAUAACGGAAGCUUGUGUUGGCUCUGAUGAAGCUCGGAGAGCAGAAGCAUUACAAUCAUUGUCUGCAGAUCCAGGUUUACACGAGAUGUUAGCACGUAUGUGUACGUUUAUUGCAGAGGGUGUACGAGUUAAUGUUGUGCAAAAUCACCUUGCACUACUUAUCUACCUUAUGCGUAUGGUUAAAGCACUUCUUGAUAAUCCAAGUCUAUAUCUUGAAAAAUAUCUUCACGAGUUAAUACCGUCAGUUGCUACCUGUAUAGUUUCACGUCAGUUGUGUAUGAGACCAGAAGCUGAUAAUCAUUGGGCUUUGCGAGACUUCGCUUCUCGAUUGAUGGCUCAAAUAUGCAAGAAUUUUAAUACUUCUACGAAUAAUGUACAAACUAGAGUAACUCGUAUGUUUAGUCAAGCUUUAGCUAAAUGUAAAGAGACACCUCUAGCUUCUCUCUAUGGAGCAAUUGAAGGAUUAUGUGAAUUAGGUCCAGAGGUGAUAAAAGCUUUAGUUAUACCAAAAGUGAAAUCGAUUUCUGAACGCAUCGAAUCAUGUAUCGAAGGUCCAGGAUUAACCAAUAUUGAUAAAAAUGGUGCUGGUCAUAUAAAAUCAUUACUCGUUAAAUCAGUAGCACCUGUUUUAAAAACGGUACGAACAGCACCAGAUUAUGUUGAAGAAUAUAAAUUGGAUUAUGGAUACAUAGGACCAGCCUUAUGUGCAGCAGUUGCUAAAGCUCGAACACAACCUACGGCUUUAGCAUCAACUGCUACAACUACCGCAUUAACUACAACUCAGCAACAGGGACCUACUUGUACUACCAAAACUCUUGUACAAACAGAAAAUGUUUCAGUGUCAAAUUCGAAUCCUGGCCAACAAGCAGGAAGAACGAUAAUGCUUGGUACAAGUAGAACUGGUAAUACAACUACAACUGCUGGAGGUCAGAAGUUUGUUAUUUUGCAAUCUCGAUCUCAAACACCUACUGCAUCUAAUAUAAAUAGUGGUACGAUACAACAACAGCAAUCUCAGACGCAACAACAACAAGUAAAAAUUGCACAAAGUAAUGUAAAUUCACAAAAACCACAUUUGCAAAAUGUGGCGCCUAAGUUGGUUGUUGUAUGUAUGUCUAAUAGUACCCAUACAAAUACAUCUGUUACUCAGCAAGCAAAUAUGACAAACAAGACGCAAAAUGUCUUUGUAACACAACAGAGUGUAGAACAUGCAUUAAGUCCAGAAGAAGAACAAUCAUUUGAGUAAAAGUUAUAUUUUGAGUAAAUUACACAAAA